UUGAAAACUACACACGAGGAGUCAAAUUUAUCUAAAAGUUUAGUAAAAAAAAUCAUUUAUAUAUAUAUUUAUUUAAUUUAUAGUCCCCUGAAUAUAAUGUCUGAUGGAAACCGUUGUGUAUGGCCAGAAAAUGUGGGCAUUUUGGCCAUAGAAGUGUAUUUUCCUACGUCUUACGUGAACCAGGAGAAACUUGAAGAGUAUGAUCGUGUCAGUAAGGGCAAGUACACUGUUGGACUUGGACAGAUCGGCAUGGGAUUUUGUGGAGAUCGAGAGGAUACGAAUUCCUUAAGUUUAACGGUCGUACAAAACUUAAUGGAAAAGAACUCCAUUGAUCCAAAUCAAAUUGGCAGAUUAGAAGUGGGCACUGAAUCCAUACUAGAUAAAUCAAAGUCAGUAAAAACAGUUCUGAUGCAAUUGUUUGAACAAAGUGGAAAUUUUAAUAUAGAAGGGGUGGAUACAAUCAACGCUUGUUUUGGAGGAACACAAGCAUUAUUUAAUUCUGUAGCUUGGGUUGAAAGCAGUGCUUGGGAUGGUCGUUUGGCCAUCGUUGUUUGUGCUGAUAUUGCAGUCUAUGCUGCAGGCAAUGCUCGGCCGUCAGGUGGUGCAGGAGCCAUAGCAAUGCUGAUUGGGCCUGAUGCACCAUUAAUUAUGGAAAGAGGGAUGCGUUUUGUUCACAUUGCACAUGCAUACGACUUUUACAAACCGGACAUGAAUUCAGAAUAUCCAGUCGUAGAUGGCAAACUGUCAGUCAACUGUUUCCUUGGGGCAUUGGAUAAAUGCUAUCAGGGAUAUCAAGCAAAGGUGGAACAGAAGAGGCGAAGGACUGAUUCGAAUAUGAAUGAUUCUGGAAGAGUGGGUUUGGAACAUUUUGACUACAUGGCAUUUCAUGUGCCUUUUUCAAGGUUAUGUCAGAAAUCAUUGGCUAGAAUGAUGCUAAAUGACUAUUUGCAAAAAACCAAGUCAGGAGGUUUGCAAGAUAAAAAAUAUGAAGCUCUUUCUGAUUUCAGAGAUAUUAAUUUGGAACAGCUUGUCAAUGAUCCUGUCCUAGCGAAAGAAGUCGAAAAGGCAUCAUUAAAAUGUAGUCAAACUGCUUUUGAAGAGAAAACAGAGGCAUCGUUGCUCGUAUCACGAAAUGUAGGUAACAUGUAUACGCCAUCACUUUAUGCUGCGUUGGCCUCUAUUCUUGUCAGUAAAUCAUUCUUGGAGCUUCGUGGUCAUCGGAUUGGAAUGUUUUCAUACGGCUCUGGUCUUGCUUCGGCUAUGUUUUCCUUCAUAGUCUCAGAUAAAGAAACGCAAACUGCCCAAAAACUGUUCAAAAACCUAGCCGAUAUUCCCGGGAGAUUGAAAGCACGAACGGAAGUUCCACCCGAUGAGUUUGUCAAAAUUCUGGAAAUUCGUGAGAAAACGCACCACCUAAACAACUACACUCCCUGGCAAAGGGCUUCGGAAAUAACAACCGGAGCAUACUGUUUGCUUCAUGUAGACGAGAAAUAUCGUCGUUCUUACGCUCGUAAGACAUCGGAUGGUUUCGUUGAUUUUGAUGGUAAUUGUGUCAUUGUGGAAAAACCACUUGAUGAGACGACUGUACCGGCAUGUCAGCUGUACUGAAUCAUUUUGAUUAUCGGCAUUACAAAAUUUAACCUUCGAUCACCGUCGCAACUCGACUCUCUAUCUGCAGUUAGUGGUGUUGUCUCUUAAAGUGGCUCAGUAUCGUUUUCUUCGCUGGAAAAUUUACGAUCUACGGACUUUUUUUCAACUUUGUUGAAAAAAAUGUUGGAAUGAUCAGAAACUUGAUGUCUUUAGCUGGAAAUAUGAGUUGUUGGAAAUUAUAUUUAUUAACUGUCCUGGUUUAUAGCAUUUAGAGACACUGUAAAUACCAACAUAUGUAGUUUAUUUGUUUUGAACACUUGCACCUCUAAAUGAAUUGAUGUUUUAGUCUAAUAGUUUAAAAGCUCAAUUACCAAUUACCUAAAAAAAUUAUUUUAUAAAAGAAUUUUAGAAGAAGAUUAAGAAUUUAGGCUGCGUUCAGACUAAAUGCCAAAUUAAAUCUGAACGCACCUACCAAACAUAUUAAUUUAAACCCCAAAAUGACCCUAAAACUAAAAUUGAAGUUUUGACGGAUAUACUUAUAGUUAAUGCAAAAUACCCCGAAUGCAAAAUACCA